CAUUGAUGUAGGUCAUAUUGGUGGUGGGAUUGCUUUUUAAAAAUAUUUUUUAAAAGGAUGUAAACUCUCCAACUGAUUAUGUUUUCAUCUUGAAACGUGUCAUCUCUACUACACUAUCGGCUAUGUAGUAUAUUAUUAAAAGAAAUUUCUCCUGGCUGUAUAAUGUCUAAAUGUGUUAAAAAAAAAUAUUUUCCUUUCAGAAAAAAAUUGUAAUGUAAGACCCAAUUAUUCUUUCUAGUAAUUACCGGAGCCAGCUUUGCAGAAAAAUAGAAUUAAAAUAUUGCUAUGAAGAGCAGUAGGUGGAUUUGGGCACGGCAAAUAACAAUCUUGUUUGUUUAACCAAUCCAGUUAGAGAUUGGGUGGGCCUUGCGUCUUGUCCAAUCAGCUUUUAGCGCGCAUUAUAAGUAGCUGCCGGUGCGCUCGGAGGGCUACGUAAGUGGAGCCAUGGCCCGCACCAAGCAGACGGCGCGCAAGUCGACCGGCGGGAAGGCGCCCCGCAAGCAGCUGGCCACCAAGGCGGCCCGCAAGAGCGCGCCGGCCACGGGCGGCGUGAAGAAGCCGCACCGCUACCGGCCCGGCACCGUGGCGCUGCGCGAGAUCCGCCGCUACCAGAAGUCCACCGAGCUGCUGAUCCGCAAGCUGCCGUUCCAGCGGCUGGUGCGCGAGAUCGCGCAGGACUUCAAGACCGACCUGCGCUUCCAGAGCUCGGCCGUCAUGGCGCUGCAGGAGGCGUGCGAGGCCUACCUGGUGGGGCUCUUCGAGGACACCAACCUGUGCGCCAUCCACGCCAAGCGCGUCACUAUCAUGCCCAAGGACAUCCAGCUGGCGCGCCGCAUCCGCGGGGAGCGGGCGUAAAUCCGAGACUUCAUUACAAAGGCUCUUUUCAGAGCCACCAUUUUAGCACUUAAAAGAACUGUUACCUCAUACUAGAAAUACCUGGAACUAGGAUUUCUGGGAGUGUAUAUAUGACGGGCACAGAUAAUGCAGCUGCUUUUCUAU